AUCAAGAUGCUAAAAAAUAUAUAGUAAAGUGUGGUAAUAAUGAAACAAUAAAAUUUUAGUAUAACAAAGUUAGAGACUAUACUAAUCCGUUUAAUUUACUAAUUCCCUGGUUGAAUGCUAUUUUUAAAAAAUACAUGGGAAAUUUCUUUAAUGAGGAGAUAAAGAAGGAAUAAUUCACGUCUAUGGGGUUGAAAAAGUUGACUCUGAAGGUUGGUUCUCUAAACUAACAAAUGGCACCGAGCAUUCCCUUUGUGUUGGAAUCUGGAUCGAUAUCUCUUUUAAAAUUGGAUCUACACAAAUUAACAUGUGUGAUAGAGGAGGUGGAAUUGACCUUGAAUUUCAAGACAUUAGAAUAAUAUCGGUUGUUUGUGCAAACCUACACGAGGCAAAAGAUGACAGCUGAUAAACUGUAGAAGAUCAAGGAUGAAAUCAUUAAAGCCUAUAAGGUCAAGAGCGAGACCUCGAACAAUGUGAAUUAGAAUGCCUGGAACAUAAUUAGAUAGUUUUUAUAGAAAAUAACAUUCACAGUUAAUAAACUGGUUUUGCAUAUAGUUGAGCCAAUCCACAAGGACAAGCUCUCUUUGGCAAUAAAUUAGAUCAGUAUGAGAGUGAGGAAACUGCAGGAGGAAAAGGAUUAAAUGGUCAGUACGAUGAUAAUUGGUGGGUGUUCACUUCAUAUCAACGAAAAGAACUAGUUGUUUGAUGUACACAACUUUUAGAAGGAAUCUUGCAUUUUUAGUUUAUAGUAGCAAUACACCAACAAGUACGAUUAACAUGUGGUUAUCCAUUUAAAGACGGAAUUGAAGGAAAGGCUAAAAUUCAAUAGUACCCUAUGUAUAAGAUUGAUGCAAAUGAACUUCAAUUAUAAGUAAUUCCAGAUAGCAAUACGAAUGAUUCUGAGUAUUUUGGAUCAUAACAAAUUCAUCCAAUCUCAAGACAAAAUAAUCAUAGAAUCUAUAAGACAGGAGAUUCCACAGUUUUAAUUUACGUGGUGUGAAUCUUAAAUACACUUGAAUUAUUGUGAUCAGAUGGGAGAACCUAAACAGGACGAUGUAGAGAGCAAGUCAUUGAGUGAGGAGGACAUGGUUGAAUUCAAUGAGGAUUUAGAAUAAGCUUUAGAGAAGAGUUAAUUCAAUGAAGAAGAAGGGGAAGAACAAUUUGAGGAGUCUCAGAUAGAAGGAUUGAAUUAAUCGGUUCUAAAUUAAUCGAAUUUUGGUGAUUUAAAUCAAAGCACAUUAAAACAAUCCAUUUUCUCGAUGUCAGUAUUUAAGGAAUUGAUCAAUGAUGAAGAUGACAAGUAAGGAUUAGAAGAAUUGGAUGAGGGCUAAUUAAUAUUUAAAUUGAAAGUCUAGAAAGUAAGAGUGAGAUUGUCAAAGGAUGACAUAAUAGAUAAGUGGAAUGUAGAUAAGUUAAAGAAGACCAAUUAUUACGAAUUAGAAUUAGAUUAACUGAAUUGGUUGAUGACCAAGGAAAUCAAUUAAUAGUAGAUUACAUCUGUCAAGUAAACGAGAAUUGAGAUUCCAACUAUUUAAGUCUUUCAUUAUGAGUAUUGUAGACUAUUCCCUGAAAAUCCAGUAAAUGAGCAGGAGAAGGAGGAUGAAAGUCAAGAAAUAUUUUAGAGUAUCAAGGAGGAUUAUUCCAAUAACUCGUAAACUCAAGAAAGCCAAAUGUUCCAUUCUUGUUACAAUUUGAGUUAGAAUGAUGUCUUAGAGAAGAUAACAUAGAAGAAGAAUGAAUUGUAAAAGGACUAAGGCAGUUAUUAUUAUAAGAAGAAGUGUUUGAUUAGCAUCUAUAGUGGCACAAAGGAAGAGAAACAAUUAAUCACAAAAGUAGACAACCAAUUCAUAUAUUCAAAUUCUAAGAUUAUCUCCUAUGGAAAUGGUCUAUAGAUAUAGAUGCAUCAUCUUAAUAAUUCUUAGGCAAUCUCUAUCAAACAGAUUGACAUUAAUGUAAAUAUUGACGAAAUCUUGGAAUUUGUGUAAAUAUUAAAAAUCGAUUAUGAGAAGAAGCAAAUCAAGAGUAUCCCCAAUUUAAAUCUCAUUACAAUCCAUCAAAUUCAAUUUGAUGUCCAAAUACAAGAAGUGGAUUACGUCGAUUUCUAUUAUUUAUAAUAAAUCAUAAAGAACGAUCCUAACAGCAGCAGUGUGAUACACUAAUAAUAGAAGAUUUCUUUCUUCACUUUCAAUGUCAUUGAUCUCCAAAUACAAUAGUCCAGUUCUGGGUUCAUUACUUUUAAUUCAAUCACUUGUUUGAAGAAGGAGUACGAUCGAAUCAAAUCAAUUUUUCUAGAGGAAACCAUAGCUGAAAUAGGAGCGCAAGAUCAUGCCUAGAUUUUAAUCAGACCGAUAAUUAAACUUAUGGAAACAAAGGAAGUCAGAGUGGCAAUACCUAAGGUUGAGAUUUUCGUGAAUAUGUCUUACAUGGAAUAUGUAAAGACACUAUUUACAGUCAUUAAGGAUUUUCAGAAGAGAUUGUUGGCCCUGAGUAAGGAAUCAAAAGAGAAUAAAUAAAUCAUCAAGUUGCUCUUCGAUGAGAUAAUUGUCAAAAUCAAUUUGGAAUAACAAGCUAAUUCCCAUUAAGCAAGAUUUAUUAUACAUGCAUCUAAGUUGGCUGCAGAAAUUAUAGGCAAAGAUGAGAUCUUGCUUACAUUAUAUAAUUGUCUGAUCAUUGAUACCAAUUGGAAUUCCAAGAAACCAAAACAAGAUAUCCCGAUAUAUGGCAGUCCCAACGAUGCAAAAACAGAUUAGCCUCUUUAAAUAUUGCAUUUUAGAAGAUAAAAGUAUUAAGCCAACUAAGUUUUAUUUUAUAAAUAAGAGCGUUUCAAUAGGGAAGGUUUCAAAAGUCUUGUGCAAAAUGAAAUUAUAAAAUCAGAACCAAAUAUGGCCUUUUAAUAUACGACUGUCAAAUUGAAGGCUAAUAAGUACAUAAAUCCAGAUUGCUUGGAUGUUUUGAUUGGGAAUACUAAUUUGCUUUCAAUCAAAAUCAAUAAAGAUAAGAAAAUUGAUAUUCAAUACCAACAUGGCAUCAUCCAAAUAGAUGAAUAAUGGAUUGACACUGUCACGACAAUCAUAGAUUUAGCUAAGAAAUGGGAAUAAACUUUAAUCCUAAAUAAGAGCAAUAAAACUCAAUCUAAACCCAUCCCCAAUUUUACAUUGAGUGUUCAAAAUAUCUGGCUGAAUUACUUACCAACAUACAGGAAGUCUAUUUUGUUGAAAUAGUACUUAUAGAAAAAAGAACCAAUCAAAUCCUUAAUUGCUAUAUAAUCUGAGUAGUUAUAUUACUCUUGGAUCAGAGUUCUCCUCAGAAUCAAGAGUGCUACACUAUCAAGUGAUCUACAAGCCCAUUUGAGUUCUGCAUAAAUAUACGUCAAAAGUACAUCCAAAGAAAUAAAACAUGCUAAUUUGAGCUUCUUAAAUCCCAUUCUAUUGGUGCCUCCUCAGAUUGGACUCUUCAAUGAAAAUAGAAAGUUCUCUGAUGGGUUCCAAAUAGACAAGGAUGAACAAGGGUUGUUGAGACUUCUUUGCUUUUAGAAGUUAUUCAAGAUCAAAGGAGUCACAGUCUCAGGCAAAACCAUUAAUAUUGGUCAAAUAAGCGGGAAUCUCAAAAAGGAUUCGAUCAUUAGUUUAUGGGAUAUUACAUCGAUGACUAUAGACAGGAUAAAGAAGAUUAUUCCUGAAUAAGAAAAUGAUAGACAGAUUAGGAUUCUGCAGGAUGGGCAUGAGUACAAUCCUGCUGAGAAUAUGAAUAUUUUUGAGGAUGAUGAAAUUGAACUACCAACUAAAGAAAAUGUGCCUAAUGAAAAACAAUUCGAGAUUAUACUCAAGAGUUUUGAAAUCAAAUUGACUGUUGGUUAACACUUUCCCCCUGAAGUGUUCAGUGACAAUAAUCCUAUUAACACCGAAUGUUAGUUGCAUAAUUAAGAACAAUACUACCUUGAACACUCAAAUUUAUUACAAUUAGAAGAGUUUCCACAAGUAAAUGAUCAAUAAUGCAGUUCCAUUCUAUUUAGUAUGAAAGAAUUGAAAUUAGUAUGUUGUGGACCUUCCUAAAAAGAAAUCAAUCAAUUUUAUUUGACCUUAUUGAAUUUGUAAAUUGCAGAUAGGAUCUAGAAUUCCAAAUUUUCUAAAUUGAUUGGUAAAGAACCUAAUCAUGAUGAAUAGAAUUUUGCAUAUGUCUUCUACUAGGUUGAUAAAAGAAAUAAUACUAUUGAUAUCGAAGCUAAAUUUGUUCCCAUAAGAGUAUGUGUCUCUGGAGCUGCAUUAGAGUUUUUAUAGGAAACUAUGAACAGCAAUGAACAAUUGAGUCCGAAGAUUGAUUUGCUGAGUAAAUUAAAUGUAGGAAAUGACAAAGAGUCCAUUAUUGAAUUCUGCGUGCAGGAAGGCUAUUAAGUGACAUUCUCUAGAAUCAGUGAGUUAAGUACUAAUAUAAAUUUAUGUAGAAAAAUCAAUUAAGGUCAACUUUUUGAAUAUUGAGCGAAUCUAUUGUUACAUAACAUUCGACGGGAGUGGCGUUAAAUUGGACGGAAAAUUGAAAGGGCUAGUUCGUUUGGCUUCUUAUGACAGUUUAUUUAUAUUUUUGAAGAGAGCUCAAAUUCAUAAUUUGGUAUUUGAGAAUGAAAGGGAUCUCAUCAAGUUUAUGUUUGAAUAAUACCAACAUCUCAUAAGGAAUGAUUCACAAUUAAUUUCUAAAUUGAUUCUUUCCUUUAAAGCCUUCCAAAACGUAACCAAUAUAGUGCUGGGGUAGCAAUAUAAUAGUAUUUUAGAAUCCAAACUAUGUUUAUGACAAUAAUAAGACAAGGAAUAGUGACAGGAGUGUGUUCAGGAUCCAUUCCAUUGGCUAAGGCACUUGGAGAUGAAAUAGUGUAUUUGGCCAAGAAACCCAUUGAAAUGUGUUCCACAAUGACUGAGGGUAUUGGAUUAAAAGUGGCUAAUGUGGUCUUUAGUCCUAUUGAAAGGGUGUUGGACUAAUUUUAAACUUUGGUAUUUAGAUAAUCUGAAUUAUCCUUAGACUACGAGUGAUAGAAUCCCCAAGGAGUUCCUUAAGAAAAACAAUCCAGACUAAGGUAAUUUAUGAACAUUUUUAAUUUUUAUUAAUUAAUACUUUUGUAUAAAAUAAUAUUGUUAUGUUUCGAGAAUUCUCCAGUCCCAAUUAUUAUCCUAACCAAGCUCAAUAGAAUCCAUUUAAGACUGCUGGGAUGUAAAGCAUAGACUUCUACGGAAACAUUGGAUAUCCAAAACCAGAUUACCCAGUUUUGAUGCAAUAAUAAUACUAUGAUAAUUAUCAAUACAACAAAAUGUUCUCCUCAUAAGUGUUUACUCCUCAUGUGCAGCCUAUAUUUAUUGCAGGUCCAAUAUAUAAGAAUUCCCCUGUUUUUUAGGGUCCUCAGUAUUUAAGUUAGAGUCUAUUCUAACCAGUCCAAAAGAACAGGUUUUAUAAUUAUAAUUAACCCGAUGAAAUUAUUGAAGAUCACAAUGGUUUAAAUUUGCAAUCAAAACAACAAUUAGAAGAAAAUAUCAGGAUAAGGAAUGAAAUAUUAAAUUAAUGGAAUUUUGAAGAAGAAUAGAGACAAAAAGUAUCACAGCAAUCAAGUGAAUACGAAUACGUUUAAGAAACUCAACAUAAAAGACCUAGUUAUAGUGAUAAAGAGAAAUAUCAUAAAAGGAAACAUUAACAACAUUAAUCAAAUUAAUAACAUUAAUACCAGUAUUAUGAAGAAGAAAAACCACCUGUUGAAAAAAAGCAUUCCUAAAAGAAGAGUUCUCAUUCCUUAAAGUCUUUAGAAGGAGAAAAACAAAAGCAUACCUAAAAUCUCCCCUCAAUCGAAGAAGAAGUAGAUUAACCAAAAACCAUUUUUAAUAAGAAGCCUGAAUUCCAAUAAACUGUUGCUUCCAAGAAACCAGAAUAGCAGUAAACAAAUUUAACUAAAAAACCUGAGAUUCAUUAAACAAAAUCAAGGAAAAGAGGAAAGAGGAACUUAAAAAUCAUCUUGAAGGCUUUGACAUUUAUUCUUAUGUAUUUCUUAGGGAUGAAGAGAUAAAUUUUAAAAAGAAAGAAGCUCUAGGCAAAUAAAGAGAACAGUUUAGAACUAGUUAAUUAAGCAAUGUAAGAAGGGGCUGAUUGGAUACUUAACUUUGCUGAAAAUGAUUUAAAUUAAUUUUGGAGCAAAAAAGAAUCAUUAAACUGGUUGGAGAACGAUUAACUAUCUGAUAAGGAAAAGGCAAACAGGAUUAAUAAAGUCAAAAUUUUCAUUCAAAAGAUCUCCAUUAUUUUAUCUGAUAAUAUGAGAGAAUCCAGUUUUAAACCAGAGUUUUUCUCAUUCCUAACCUAACUUACUUAAAAUUUCUAAUUCCCUCCAGAUUAAUAUUUUUUUAACUUUGAAGUUUAAAGAUUAGAAUUUAAUUCCUUUGGAGCCAUUAAGAAUAUCAAGGGUCCAUAAUAAAAAAUGGUCCUGGCAUUUUUCAUUAUGAUUAGAUUGUUGGGAUUCACAAUAUUAUAUGCACCAUGGACUUUAGGAGUGACCAAUAUCAGUAAAAGUUCAAUUUUAGAAUCUAAUUCUCUAAUCAUUGUCUCAGUUUUAUAAGAAUUAGUAGUUGGAGAGUUUAGAGAAAUAAAGAUAUUGGAGAAUAACCAGAAUCACUUGAGUAAUGACUUGAAAAUUAAUCCUCGACCUCAAGGUCCUCUCAAGGUAUAUAUUAACUGAAAUAAUUUAAAGAUAAUACCUGACCCAAAGACUACACAGGAAAAGACCUUUUUGAAAACUACUCUUGAGCCUUUAAUAUAUCCAACAUAUAAACGAGAAGAAAUGAAAGAUUUAUUUGAAAAAUAAAUUGAAGUAUUCAUAUUUAUAAUAAUACUUUAGUGGGUAGACAAUACCAUGACUACAUUUGAUCAAAUAUAUACACAAUUAGUAAAACUAACCAACUCCUGGCAUAAAAAUAAUAAGGUUUCUAUUACAGCUGGUUUGAAAUUGAAAAAGAAAUAAAGAUAUUGA